UUUUCUUCAACAUCAGACAAGUGGAACUCCAAUUCCAUCAAAAGGUAGAUUCUCAGAAGCAAUAAAAAAGAUAUUAUCUUUUGUUUCCUAAUCCCCAAAAAAGCUUGGAUUGGUCCUUGAAGUUUGCAAUCAUAUUCCAAUCUUAUCCAUCUUCCUCUCCAGAUCUAAUACUCAUUACCUACUUUCUUUUCCUGUCGAAUCCUUUUUCCAUGGCUAUUUCGUUUCCCUGUAACCAUCUGGUGAUAAAAGUCGAUUCCAAUGAUCAUUUGGACUCUAAUGUACAGUCCUUAUAAUGCCUAUAAAUAAAGUCCCAAAUCCUACAUUAACAUCACAAAUAUCUUAAGCAAUCAUAUUACUAAUAUUUACUUCGUUCUUUUCUGUUGAUUCAUUAAAUUUUUAAUUUCUUGAAAAGAAAAGAUGGAGCUUGAUCUUUCUCCGAAGUUGGCUAACAAGGUUUAUGGUGGCAACGGUGGUUCCUACUUUGCAUGGUCACCGUCUCAGCUUCCUAUGCUUCGUGAAGGAAAUAUUGGUGCAGCCAAACUUUCUCUUGUCAAGAAUGGCUUUGCCCUUCCUCGCUACUCUGAUUCCUCUAAGGUUGCUUAUGUUCUGCAAGGUAGUGGUGUAGCUGGAAUUGUCCUACCAGAAGCAGAGGAGAAAGUAAUUGCAAUCAAGAAAGGUGAUGCAAUUGCUUUACCAUUUGGUGUUGUUACAUGGUGGUACAACAAAAAGGAUCCUGAACUUACAGUCCUCUUCUUGGGUGAUACUUCAAAAGCCCACAGAUCUGGCGAAUUCACUGAUUUUUUCCUUACUGGUUCUAAUGGAAUCUUUACUGGCUUUUCCACUGAAUUUGUUAGCCGUGCAUGGGAUUUAGAAGAGAACACUGUCAAAUCCCUGGUACAAAACCAAUCUAGUAAUGGAAUUGUCAAGCUUGAAGACAAUUUCAAGAUGCCCGAACCCAAAAAAGAACACAGACAAGGCAUGGCACUGAACUGCGAGGAAGCGCCUCUUGAUGUUGAUAUUAAGAAUGGCGGUAGAGUUGUAGUCGCGAAUACAAAGAAUCUUCCUUUAGUUGGUGAAGUUGGACUUGGUGCUGAUUUGGUUAGACUAGACGGAAGUGCAAUGUGCUCUCCUGGUUUUUCCUGUGACUCUGCUCUUCAAGUCACAUACAUCGUUAGAGGCAGUGGGCGUGUUCAGGUUGUGGGUGUCGAUGGUCGUAGAGUCCUGGAAACUACUGUAAGUUCAGGCUGUCUGUUCAUUAUUCCAAGGUUUUUCGUUGUCUCGAAGAUUGCUGAUCCACAAGGGAUGGAAUGGUUCUCCAUCAUCACUACCCCGAAUCCAAUUUUCACACAUUUGGCAGGAAAGACUUCAGUGUGGAAAGCACUGUCUCCACAAGUUCUUGAGGCAUCAUUCAAUGUGGAUUCUCAAUUGGAAAAGCUUUUCCGCUCAAAGAGGAUCAAUGAUGCAAUCUUUUUCCCUCCUUCAAACUAAUAAAAAACAGUGUAAUGUUUCAAUUGAGUGAAGCUCAAUUAGUACCAAGUCCUUUCCAGGAUUAUGAAGUAUUUAAUUUAAUUUGAGUCGUUUUAAUCAAUAAAUAAAAGAAAAUAAAUUAAAUA